AUGGCGCUUCGGAUGUUGCCGGAUACUACCCGUCCGGCCGAACUCCUCAAGACUCAAAUCAUGGUUCGCUACGCUGCCGCCGCCCUCGCCUCCAACCCCGAGAAAACCUCGCGUGCUCGGGGUGAAUAUCUCCGCACGCACUUCAAGAACAUGCGUGAAGUUGCGGCGGCUCUGACUGGUCUCAAGCUGACCAAAGCAUAUACAUACCUGGCCGACGUGAAGGAUCACAAGCAGGUCGUACCCUUCCGUCGGUUCGCUGGUGGUGUCGGACGUGCGAGUCAGGCCAAGCAGUUCAAAGCAACUCAAGGUCGCUGGCCCGAGAAAUCUGUAAAAUUCGUCCUCAGUCUCCUCAAGAACGCUGAAUCAAACGCCGACGCGAAAAACAUUGACUUGGAGGAUCUUUUCAUCAAGAACAUCGUUGUCCAGCAAGCACCUAAAACCCGCCGCCGUACGUACCGUGCUCACGGUCGUAUUAACCCUUACCAGGGCCACCCUUGCCAUGUUGAGAUCAUCUUGUCUGCAUCAUCUGAGGAAGUUGAGCGGAGCAAGGACAAGGACGUAGUCGCACCAUCGUUCGCUGGUCUCAACAGGCGACAGGUUGCGCGCAGGCGGAUUGAGGCUGCCCGGACGUGA